CAAUGCGAAAGACAUCGGACCUCGGACAAAUCCGAUAAAAUUCGACGAGGUCCGAUAAUAUUUCCCAAAUUGUCGGACCUCGUGUCCGACAAGAAAAAAAAAAAAAACAAUAUGUAAAACUUUGAUUAAAAAUGAACACGAAACUAGGAAUAUUAAAAAAAGGUCUAAUUCAUGUUUAUUUUACUUCGAUAGAUUAUUUAACUUUAAAAUCAAUUUUCCAACCAGUCGAACUGGCUGUCUUUGCUGGUGACGUAACAAACUCCAAGCGCGAUUCUUAGAACCAGUUAAAUAUUGCACAUUGUUUCGUGACGUAGGCGACGCAUCAAUGACAUCAUGGUUGAAUUAAAUUUUACUGGUUUCGAGCAUUGUGAUGAUCGUAAAUAGAAAGCGGGGAACCACACAACCGUUGCCUGUCCCGUGUCAAGAUUUGAUGAAGAAGUAGAAGUGGCUGUGUCAACGAUCGCGAAAACGUGGAUAACUUUUUGAUCAGGUGAUUCCGUUUUCAUAUUGUUAAACGUUCUUGUAGUACCUUUAUUUUUUGUAAAUUUGUAAUCGCUUCAUUUUUGAUUAAAGUUGUUAAACAAAACACCUCAAGCUGUUAAGUGUGUACUGUUAGGCCUACUGUCACACUCAUUCUUAGGAUGUCAUUUUCACUUCUACUUUAUUUUGACGGGGCUAAGCCUGGCGAUAAAAGACAGAGUCAGGUUAGUAUUGAGCAAAGAGCGGAGGGAAAUAAAAAGAGAUGGAAGUCUUAUGAGGUAGAAAAACGUGACGAAAGAGGAUUUCAUGAGGUUUGGAAAAAGGACAGACCAUGGCUUCAAUUUAAUGAUGGGGUCAUGACUUGUUCAUUGUGCCAAGUGUUCUUUAAGAACAACACAUGUGUAGGUAAGAACACCUUUAUAACGGGCAGCACUAAUUUUAAGGUCUCGACAGUAAGUGAUCACGAGUCCAGCAAAUGCCAUCAGAAGGCAGCUGAGGCUGAGCUAGCCAAACAAAGUAAGCAUGACAUGCAGAAGAGUGAAGCAGGCAAAGCUCUUCUGUCUCUCAAAAGUGCAGAGCGCCAUGUCAUUGCAAGCCUCUUCCGCAAUGCCCAUGCUGUUGCAAAGAAAGGGAGACCACUAUCUGAUUAUGUUUGGCUAUGUGAAGCAAUGGCUGCCCAAGGUGUUGAAAUUGGCUCUACAUAUUUAAAUGAAAAGGCCUGCUCCGAUUUUGUUUCAUUUAUUUCAGAUGUAGAGACGGACAAAACAAUAAAGAUGUUGAACGACGCCCCAUUUUUCUGCUUUAUGAUGGACGGAUCGCAAGAUAGAAGUGGGUUAGAGCAAGAGAGCCUCUACGUUAGGACAUCAUUGCAAGGGAAUGUUUCUGAAAGAUUUCUGACAAUGGGGUCACCAAGAUCAACGUCAAGUCAACAUCUGCUGGAAUUUGUGCAGAAUGUAAUUCAACAACUUGGCUUAGAUGAAACAAAACUUGUAGGUUUGGGGUCGGAUGGUGCGGCAAACAUGACUGGCAAAAAGGCAGGGCUUGCUGCACUCCUUCGCAAGGAAUAUGGGGACAAUAUCAUCAAUAUACAUUGUUUCAGUCAAAUUACAGCUCCCGCGAAUAAAAUUCGUAGCGAGUCAAGUCGAGAUAUGAAACUAAUAUUAAUACAAAAUAAACGCUAAUCACUUUCUUACUGAUAUCAUGAUAUGGCUGGAAAGUGAGCGGCAUUUAAAAUUUAACAACUUUUAAUAAAACGGCGAAACAUACUUGUCUCGGCACGGACGAAAAACGAGGUCCGAUAAAAUCUGGCGAGGUCCGACAAAUUUUAAAAGUUAUCGGACCUCGUGUCCGACAAGAUUUUUGCGUCUUUCGCAUUGGUU